AUGGCUGAGGAAGAACUCGAAGAAAAGGAAUAUCGUUGGGAAACCGGCUAUGAGAAAACAUGGGAAGCUAUCAAAGAAGAUGAUCAUGGAUUACUAGAAGCAUCUGUCGCGGACAUUAUUCACAAUGCCAAAAGGAAGCGUCAACUGGAAAGGAAACAGGGCUCCAGAUUAGGAAUGAUGAGACAUCUUUAUAUCAUCUUGGAUUCCUCUGAAUCAAUGUCGAAUCAAGAUUUGAAGCCAACCCGUUUCCUAUGUUCCCUGAAGCUUCUGGAGGAUUUCAUCGAAGAGUUUUUUUAUCAAAAUCCUAUAAGUCAAUUGGGCAUAAUUACGACUAGGAACAAAAGAGCUGAGAAAAUUAGCGAUUUGGCUGGUAAUUCAAGGAAGCACGUUAAGGAAUUGCAAGCCUUACAGCAGACUGUACUGACUGGUGAACCAUCCCUACAAAAUUCUUUAGAGUUAGCGACAAAUUCAUUGAAGUUAUUGCCCUCUCAUGCCAGUAAAGAAAUAUUGAUAAUCAUAGGGGCUCUCACUACUUGCGAUCCUGGAGACAUCAACGAGACAAUACGAAACAUGAAAUCAGAUGGUAUUAGGUGCAGCGUGAUAGGGCUAGCUGCCGAACUGUAUAUCUGCAAACGAAUGGCAAAUGCUACUGGUGGUGAGCACGGUGUUGCGCUCGACGAUAAACAUUACAAGGAACAAUUAAACGCGCACGUGGACCCACCGCCUGCUGCAAUGCGAUUAGACGCGGCGCUUGUGAAAAUGGGAUUUCCUCAUCACGCUCUACACUCUAGUGCGUCAGAUACAUCUAUGACGGUGUGCAUGUGCCACGCAGACAGUUCUGACGAGUCAGUUAAGUUUAUGAGCACUGGCUACCUUUGUCCCCAGUGUCUCAGCAAACACUGCGAGCUCCCUGUGGAAUGUCGAGCUUGCGGUCUUACUUUAGUAUCUGCUCCACAUUUGGCACGAUCAUAUCAUUAUUUAUUUCCCGUUGGACCCUUCAAAGAGGUUACAUACGAGGGUGAUCAUUCUUUGUGUUUUGGUUGCCAAAAAGCUUUUAGUCAGAAAGACAAAAAGAUAUACAUUUGCGGAAAAUGUAAUCAAACGUUUUGCUUGGACUGCGAGAUAUUUAUUCACGAAAUUUUGCACACGUGCCCUGGUUGUGCAGCAAAUUCUGAAAUGUACAAAAAUUCUACAGAUAAAUCUUAACUGAUAAAUCAGUGGAAAGUUUUACACAAAUACUGCCAAAGAGCAACAAAAUAAUACCUUGUAAUGAGUAGUUUAAUACUGAUUUUGAUAAUUAGUUUAGGAUAUUAGGAUGCUAGUAUGAUACAUACAUUAGAAAUAGAAAAAUUGAAAACAUUCUGUUAGAAAUAAUAAAUCAUUGAAGGGAUUAUA